AUUAGGAGUUGCAGAAGUAGCGGAUUUAAAAACUUUCUGUCCGCAAGUGUGUUGGUGGAAAAAGCGCUAGAUGAAGAGUCCCUGGCUGUGAAAAGGGAAAAAUGGCUUUUUAAACUGUCACUCGUCUUCCUGCUCACCGUCAAGCUCCGCGUGCUUUGCUCCCGCAACGCACCGCAAGACUAUUCCGAAACUAUGGGGUCUUCAGGUGUUUCCACAAUUCUUUCAUCCACUCAGUGCACGCUUUGUGCUUUUGAACAAUUUAAUCGACGCAGACGACACAAUGGCGGCAUCGAUCCUUCGCAGGAAAAUUCCUCCCAUUUCCACAGGCGAGCUCGGCGCUCCCCCUCUCCGACAGGCUAGCCACAGCCAAUCACGGCCCAGGUCGGGGGCGGAGCCAGCGGAGAGGCAGCACUUAAUUGGUGAUGGUCACUCAGAUUGGAUGACGGAAAAAGUUGAUUUGUCUUCAUUUGUGUCGACGACCGAGUCUUCUCCCAGCUCAUCCCUUCCACCCUCGCCGUUAGAACAAGAUGUCAAGGUGCCCUCGGAUCUGGAGGUCAUGACCUCUCUACUGCAGGAGGAGCUGGCUCAGCUGGAGGACUACUUCCGCUCCGAGUCCACGUCCACAACAAACAAGUUGGAGAAAUCCUCAAAAUGUGACAAGGGUGCUCAAGCCAUGGGCUCCCAGUCUUAUUACCAGUUACCCUAUGGCUCGUAUGGGACCAGCCAAUCAGAAACCAGCCCUGUGGUUGUUACCUUGGCAACAGGGGAACUGGACCUGGCCAGCUUUUGCGGCGGUCCCAUCGGCAGAACCAAAAUCGCGCGACCCGCUCCGUACAACUACCACCACCGCUACCACCACAACAACGGGCGAAGAAUCCUCAGCGAGGCGGUGAAAGUCGGGGAGGAAGUCGGACUCGAUACGUGGGGCUCGAGGGGAAGUUACUCAGGAAGCACAGAGUUGUCUGUGAACCAUUACUCCACGCUGAAGACGGUGAGCAAGAACAGCCUCGGGAGCGUCAAGAAGGUGAGAGAAUGUGCUUUAUCGUUGAAGGAAGAGGAGAGUUAUUGUUUUUCAGAAGGAAUGUUUUGCAGCGAAGAGAUUGCCCGAGGUUUUUGUCUGGGUGGCUCGUACGACGGCCACCACAAGCGAGAGGGACAGUUGAUGCACAACGUGAAGGUCAAUGUAAGUUACGACAGCACGGGGCUCGAGGUCUUGCACUGCAGCAAAGACGGAGGACUUUCCGGAAGUAUGCCCCAAGAGACAAUGGUGGCCGGCGACGGCUACUUCCACCAGUCGAUGGCCAGCACGGAGCCUUACCAUAGCUUUAUAGGUGACCUCGACCAGCCGCCACAAGCACAGGCUGUAGAGCCCCAACAUGGCCACUACCUCUAUCCAGAAUGCCUUGCAGACCAAAGCUACGAAUGUCUGUCCAGAGGGGACGGCGAGGGGACGCUCAUGGGCGCCCCCAUCCACCGCCCCACCCAGAGGCUAAAGGACGAGCCCUGCUCCAUCAAGCCGUCCCUGGUGAUGGGCGCCGCUUCUCUGGAAGGCAGCAGCGGAGAGAGGAAGCAGAAGAAGAGAGACCAGAACAAAACUGCUGCUCACAGGUAACAGCUGCACUGUGAUUUAUGGAUGUGGAAAAGCAUGAACCGUGAACGCCCGAAAAAGGCUUUUUCCUGCUAGUGAAUCAUCACUGAUUAUAUUAUUUUUU